AUGUCUCCUAGUGAUGAUUCUAGGCUAUAUGCACCUCUCAAUCGGUCACGACGAGAGAUCAGUGUCAUCGAGAUCCUCUCAACCAAACCAAGAAUUGUCUGUAAUCUCACUACUGUUUCGCUCAACCAAGACCCUGAGUUCAGCGCAAUAUCCUACCUCUGGGGUGACAAAGGCAAAUCCGAAGCAAUUACUGUCAACGGCAUUGAACAUUUCAUUACACCAAGUCUUGCAAAUGCACUAGAAUAUGUACCAUAUCGCUGGAAGAACGCAUUCCCAGAAAGAUAA